GACUGGAUGAACAUAGAGAGUUGAGGAGGGUGGGUAGACGAGACGACUAAACGCGCCUUCUGCGGGAGAGAGAGCAUGGCUCCACCCCCGAGUUUGUCGCCACCUACGAUUGGAUCAAAACCCAACUGACAUUGUGACCAAUGGAAGCCGUUUACCAUCAGCUAGACUAUAAAGUCUGUACUCCGACGUAGGCUUUUCACUUCUCGUUUAAACAGAAAUAGCAAUAAGAUGAGCGGAAGAGGCAAAACCGGAGGCAAAGCAAGGGCUAAGGCCAAGACCAGGUCAUCCCGCGCCGGGCUGCAGUUCCCCGUGGGUCGUGUUCACAGGCUGCUUCGCAAGGGUAACUACGCUCAGCGUGUGGGAGCUGGCGCACCCGUCUACCUGGCAGCCGUGCUCGAGUACCUCACCGCUGAGAUCCUGGAGUUGGCCGGCAACGCGGCUCGUGACAACAAGAAGACUCGUAUCAUCCCCCGUCACCUGCAGCUGGCCGUCCGCAACGACGAGGAGCUCAACAAACUGCUCGGUGGCGUUACCAUCGCUCAGGGUGGAGUGUUGCCCAACAUCCAGGCGGUACUUCUCCCCAAGAAGACCGAGAAGGCCGUUAAAGCCAAGUAAAAAUUAAACCUCGGUCUCACUUUCCCCAAAGGCUCUUUUAAGAGCCACCCACUUAACUCUUCAAAAGCGCAUUGUCUCGAACUUUUGACUAGAUAGCGUUGCACUGGACUCUAUUCAAUUAUAGACAUAGUAAAUAAAGGAAAUGCUAUCGCUACACUUCAAUCACACCUUUAAGUUCCACCAUUCAGUAAACCUACAUGGGUUGCAGCGCUGGUCAUUCUUCAUGUCAAGUAGCCUGCAUGCCAACAUUGUAGAAGCCGGUGCUCAUCCCUUAGGAAUGGUCAGGA